CUCGAGGACUGUCAUCAUCGGCGCGGCACAGCGCACAGGAUGUAACGGAUAUGGCCAUCAAUCGGAGCAAACGAGACACCACGAAGGGAAGGAGAAGACUUGUGCCUCACUUAAUAUCAAGGUAGCAUCGACAGUGGCGGGUAAGAUGCCUCACUAUUGGCCACCAGGACCACCACGGUAAGGCUCGUAAGUUGCCCCCGACACAACAGAUCCUACAUGUGAAACCUAGGCAGUUCCAACAACACAAAUUGUCAAACAUCGACAAGCAGAUCCAACGGGCCGAUUGCUGCUUGGCAGUUAGAAAUGAGCAAUUCCUCAGAGGUUGGUCAUGAUGUUGCAGGCGGGUUCCAUUCGCCACUCUUCACUCCCCUUCAACCUCAUUCUCAUAACCUGUGAAAGUUGUAGGCUCUACCAUUCUCCAGCUAUCAAACCCAAACAAUGUCCACCGACAAGCACGAACAACGCCCUUUCCUCGCUGACGACAGUGAAGAGAUCCGGAGCGCCGGGCAUUCACGUCACCCGAUUAUUAGCCAAAGAACACUACUUUUGGCAUCCGCGAUCAGUAAUGUAGUUCUUCUCGUGAUCUCUGCUCUUCUUAGCGGGACAGUCUUUUCUGUCCUCGGUCACGCCCAGAAAAAAGCUCAGUUACCCGACCCAUACUCUCCCGCGAACUCCAUCGUUGAAUUCGAGUAUCGAGGCGUUAUUCGCAAUGACUCCCGCUUUAUCGGGCGCCCAACGCAAGAAUGGGACAAGUCGAUGCACGACCUCAUGGCUGGGACUUUGAUCAGAAUCUCACAUGAGGAACUCCAGUUGGCCGGGACGGACUCAAUUCCACUUAGAGAUGGCGGCUAUGCUGCUGGCUUGGGUGUGGCACACAACCUCCAUUGUGUCAAGAAGAUAAAACAGUUCCUAUAUCGAGAACACCUUUACCCAGACCUGGAUACAGGUAGUCAAAGGUUUGAAGACCUUCAAACGCAUGCGGAUCAUUGUCUUGAUUUCAUCCGUCAAGGCAUCAUGUGCCAUCUAGAUUACUCGCUGUACACAGUGUACUGGGGAGAGCGAAAAGACAUCCCAACACAUCAUGAUCCGCCAGUGCAAAAGUGUGUGAACUGGGAGAAACUUCAUAAUUGGAUGCAAGAAAGAUCGGCCAACACAGAUAUGCUGGUACGGCCUUGGACAGAAUAGACUUAGAUCUGGGGAAUCACAUACAAAACAAAUCUAUCUGCAGACUAUUCUUCUUACCUGCAAAUUGUCAAAGUUUUGGGUGUUGCUAGUGUCCCAGGUAGCUCAGGGGUUUGAAG